UGUAGCGCACUGGUUUCUCUCGCUCCCUCUCUUCCUCUCCCUCUCUCUCUCUCGCUACCUCUUUCUCUCUACCCUGUUCUUUCUCUCUCCGUCUCUCUGUCUCUCGACCAUCCACAGGGAGGUGGCUAAACCAUAGUUUCUACCAAACCACAUGUUGCUGCGCCGAUUAAGCUGCUGAAACCGUAGCUGCCUGGUCUCUUUUGUAUCCUAAUCUCCAAUUAAUGCCGGGGCCACUGCAUCAAUAGUUUCUGCCACCUGUGGCAGUCAUCCUAUUCCCUCUACGCCACAGGGGAAAGCAGCACUAAAUAUUAACAAAUCGGGAAGAGAAAGAAAGGCACUGGAAAACAAGUGAAAGGACGUUUAACAGAUAGAGAGGACUUCUGGAAGAUUAUAAACUACAACAACUUGGCGACCUACCCAGCUGAAAUUAAUGCAAGCACCAUGCCUGGACUCUUGAAUAAGGAGAAAUGGACCGCCCUGCCACUCAGUGUCUCGGACAUCACUUCCUGUGUCAGAGGUUACACCUUGGCGAUGACAGCCUCCAUGACCUAUGAAAAUAUUGAGGACCAUGCCAUUGAAGGCAUCUUUAUUUACCCGCUGGAAGAGAACUCCACAGUGGUGGGCUUCGAGGCUAUGAUAUCCAGCCAGAUCAUAACACUGCAGAUCAAAGACAAGGCCAAAAUCGAUGACUGUCAGCCAGAUGUUUCCAGUGCUACUGGAACACCCCAGAGUGGCAGCGGGCAUGUGGUGAUGGACGAGGACCUGGAGAGGACCGUGUUGGUGGUGAACCUGGGGGUGAUCCCUCCCAUGGAGACGGUCAGCAUCCUGGUCAGCACCUCCUCCGAGCUGUCCACCCUGGCCGACGGGGGCAUCCGGGUCUGCUCGCCCUCCGUCUGCACGCCCAAGGUGCAGAGGACGGUGAACGAGGAGCAGGGCCUGUCCCCGAACUUCACCAGAACGAGAGAGAGGAGUACCACGGGCCAUAAUGAACAGACUCCCAGCUCAACCCAGCCGGGCCUGGUCACGCUGCUCGAGGAGGAGUCCAUCAACUCCAUGGACUACCAGUUCAACUUCAACCUAGAGAUCCGUGCUCAAUACCUCCUGUCAGGAGUGGAGAGCCCCUCUCACGCCAUACGGGCUGACGCAGAUCCUCUGGCCCGCUCGGCCACCAGCGUGGUCAUCACCCUGGCUGACAAGUACACUUACGACUGUCCCGUUGAAAUCCUUAUCUACCCCAGCGAGCCCCACCUCCCUCACGUCCUCAUCGAGGACGGAGACAUGACCCAGGAGGAGUAUGACGAGCACCUGCAGGGCAGGAGCGACUUCAUUAAGGCCACCAAGAAGGACCCCAGCGACGAUAAGAAGGUAGAUGUCAUUCACAAGCGUCUUCACAAGGACAUACUCCACAACCCGGUGGUGAUGCUGAACUUUUGCCCCGAUCUCAAGCUACUCAGCUCAGACCUGAGGAAGGUGCAUGGAGAGUUCAUCUUCCUCAUCGACCGCAGUGGCAGCAUGAGUGGAAUAAGCAUCAAUCGUGUGAAGGACGCCAUGGUGGUGAUACUGAAGAGCCUCAUGCCCGGCUGCCUCUUCAACAUCCUGGGCUUCGGCUCCACGUUCAGAGCACUGUUCAGCACUAGUCAGAACUACCAGGAGGACACGCUGGCCCUGGCUUGUGAGUACAUCAAGAGGGUGAGGGCGGACAUGGGCGGGACCAACCUCCUGACCCCGCUCCACUGGGCCCUGAGGCAGCCCCUGCAGAGCGGCCACCCCCGACUGCUCUUCCUGCUGACCGACGGCGCGGUCAGCAACACAGGCAGGGUCAUCGAGCUGAUGCGCAGCCACGCGCGCUACGCCCGGUGUCAUACGUUUGGCAUCGGUCAGGGUGCGUGCAGAAGACUGCUUCAGGGACUGGCGACGGUCUCCAAAGGAACGGCCGAGUUCUUGGCAGAGGGGGAGUGCCUUCAGCCCAAGAUGAUCAAGUCCCUGAAGAGAACCAUGAUGUCCCCAGUGCUCAGCGACAUCGCCAUCGAGUGGCUUUUCCCUGAGACCAAGGAAGUGUUGCUUUCUCCCGUGGGCAGCUCCUUCCUGUUUCCUGGAGACCGGCUGAUUGGCUACAGCGUGGUCUGCGACACCACGCGCUUACAUCCCAACCCAAACUCAGACAAGAGGAGGCGCUACAGCAUGCUGCGCUCCAACGAGUCGGCCAGCUCCGUGUUCUUCCACUCCCAGGAAGAGGAGCCGUGGCGGUCCUCAGAGAGCGAGGCCCAGGGGGUCCAGACGGCCGAGGCGGCCUCCAGCUCUCCCUUCUCCCCCUCCCAGGACUCCAUGUCAGAGAGCAGCCCCGUGUCCACGCAGCAAGACACCACCGCGUCGAGGAGGCGCGCUUACAGCACCAACCAGAUUGUGGAUUUCAACCCAGCCAAGAAGGUGUACACACCCAGCGACCCCAGCUCCGUGGUGGGGAAGAACCCCCUGAGGAGAGCCAAAGCCCAGGAGCUGGUGGGCCAGACCAGCCCAGACUACGGCGCCCAGUGGAAAGACGACUACCAGUCCCAGCUGGAGAGCCUGUGCGCCACAGCCUCCAGAGUGCGCCCUGCCGGCGGCCCUAGGGCUCCCUCCCAGCAGGAGGCCGACGCAGACCCCCAGACCCAGACCCAUGCCCGUACCCUCCAGGCCCAGGAGGAGCCUCUGGCGGUGGGGAGCAGCGUGGCGGCCGGGCCCCCUGCGCCGGCAGCAGCAGGCCUGGCCAACCAGGGGACGGACGGCUCCAGGUCCUCCACGGAGAGCCCAUCUGUCGGCAGCCUCGGAGAUACAGACGCCUACGCGCACCAGCUGUGCGAGGUGGAGACCCCCCAGGACGGCCUCUGCCCCGGCCUGCCCGCCUGCGUCCCGCCGGAGAAGGGGGACUGCAAGGCGGUGGUAACGGGCCUGCUGUGCGGUCAGCCGGUGAGGUGGGAGGUGGUGUUCGACAUCAAGCCCUACCUGAACGGGCGCGAGCGCGAGGAGAAGGUCCACGAGGACCUGUGGAACGAGACCUUCCACCACCUGGCGGGGAGAUCCAUCCUGAGGAACUUUGAGCACAUGGCUGAGAAGAAAAGCGAGAUUGAGCACGGUUCAGGGAGACGCUACCAACUGUACGCCAUUCACACCAGCAAGGCCUGCAAUAUACUGAGCAAAUACACAGCGUUUGUCCCCGUGGAUCUGGACACUAAUGAGUAUUUGGAGACAUCCAUUGAGUAUAUAAACACUUGUGACGGAGCCAGCCCGGCCUCCCACUCCAGCUCGCGCAGACGGAAGAGAGGCUACUCAGUGGGGCUGGGCCGCUCCCAGUCAGGCUGCAUGUCGGAGGAGAAUGAUGAGGCGCUGCUGCCCAACAGUGAAGACGGAGCGUCUCCAUGCAGCACCCCUUCAUCGGCCGGGUGGGAGAGCUGCAGCUUCACAGAGACCUCCCAGAGGAGUCCCUCUGUGACCUCCGACCAAUCACAGAGGUCCGUCGAGAGCCUUUUUUCUGCCAGACUGACGCUCAGCAGGACCCGUCUCCUGACUCGGGCGGCCAGGGGCUUCAUGUGUCGCUCAAACAGCAAGAUGGGUGACUCAGCCGGGGAGAGCGACAACAAGAACAAAGACUACAUUCCUGUGGUGUCGUUGCAGAUGGCGUGCGGGGCGUUCCCCCUGGACGGCGCCCUCUGCGACGCCAUCAGCGUGCCCAUGGACAAGCUCAAGUGGACCUCCCCGUUCUCCAGCCACCGGGCGAGCCUGGGUCCCCACCUCUCUCACUCGGCCCCCCGGCACAUCCCCAAGAGUGCGGGAGGCGACGGAGGCGGCUGCAGCGCCGGGGGCGCCCUUCAACGCCCGCACCACCUCCACCAGCACCAGCAGCAGCAGCUACAGACCGCCGCGCUGUGGCCCAGCAGCGGCGGCCCCCGCACGGAGGCCGCGCCCUCCUCCCUGGGAGGCGGCCUGUCCUCAGGCUCCUCCCCCGAGCCAGCCCUCGCCUCGCCGUCGCAGACGGACAGCGGGCGCGGCUCGGAGACGGAGAGCCAGGAGGCGGUGGCGGAGGCGGUGGCGGAGGCGGCGUUGCCCCUCCAGCGGCUCCAGGAGGUGGAGAACAUGGUGUGGGCCACGGCGGUGGCGCUGGCCUGGCUGGAGCACAGCUCGGCCGGCUACUUCAUCGAGUGGGAGCUGGUGGCGGCCAAGGCCAGCAUGUGGCUGAGCGACCAGCGCAUCCCAGAGGGGCGGGACUUAGCCUCGGUCAAGGCCGCAGCCAAUCAACUCUUCAUCAUCCUCAGACACUGGGACGAGAACCUGCAGCUCAACAUGUUGUGUUACAACCCCAACAGUGUCUGAGACCGAGUAGACCGAUCUUAUGCUAAGUGUUGUGUCUGAGUGUUUUACAAGGCUCCCAUCUGGAGUCCAGGUGUGUCAUUGCAGUUGUGGGCGUUGUGCAAUGUGGUCUUCAUAUUUUUGUUGAACAUCCCAUGAGAAAGUAUCACUUUUUGUUUUCCCAGAUAUUAAGUAGCACCGUAUGCUAGAGAUUACCAAGGGGGUUUCACAUGCUGUAGCAAGAUCCUGGCUAGCGGGGGGGGGGGGGAUGGAACUGGAACUGUGCCGGAGAUCCCAGGAUUGUUAUUAGGGAGAAUAGCGAAGAUCAUGUAACACUCUAAACACCACUGACCAUAAAACAUUUGAGACGUAAGAUAAAUAAAUGUCUAGUUUUCAUCAUAUUGAUGUCCCGCACUGGAUAUUCUUAAACAAUUCCUGGAGAACAUUCAUUUAAACUUUUCUCAUCCAAAUAUUUUUGUAUGUGAUUAUUGUAAUCUUAUAUAUAUUGUAUUGUGACAAAUUGAUUGAUGCCAUUUGGAAAGUAUGUAAAAUUAACCUGCAAGCCAUGCUACUAGUGAAUAUUCUCACUAUUGUACAAUGUGUUGGCACCAGAAACAGUAAAAUAUGCAAUUGUCAGCAUGGCCUUCAUUACUAUGAGAUAUUAAUGCUUGACCUGCUUGCAUAGCAUUUUUAUUGUUUAUCGCCUAAUACUUUUUUUCUUAGGUUUGAGACUUCAAACACUAUACAAAUCAGAGCCGCUUUAAAAAACAUAUCCAAGACUGUUGAUAAUUAAAUAUUAAAUAGACUAAAUUGAAAUCAAUAAACCAAUAUGAAUCUUGUUUUCCCAAAGAUGAUGUGUGAAAAAACAAUGCACACUUGUCAUUAAAAGAGGAACUUAGUGUUUUGGUGUAGGUCUGAGGAGACCGUAAUUAUCAGAAUGAGCAAAGGCCUGACCGCCCCCAGUCACCCCCACACAUCAGCCACAAGUGCCUCAAACAGGUUCACUUUAAACGUUCCCAGAAGAUGUGCAAGCGACUGUUUAUGUUGAUAUGAAUCUACUCUAAAUUGUAAUGUAUAUUUGGUUUGAUAUAGAUAUAUUCCUUUUGCUCAUCUGCAAUGUCAUUUUGAUUGAUUCUGUAUUCUAUUCUGAUAUUUGUGUUGUUGUUUUUUCAGCUGAAGCUGUUUCGGUGUCGUUGAGUAGGCUAAUUUAGGUCCUUUCUGUCCGACCGUGUUGUUUUUGACUCAGGUUUAUUAUUUAUCCACUCAGGCGGAGGUUGCUUGCGUUCUGCAUGAGAAUAACUAACUGUUCAUGUACCGAUGUUGCCAAAUGUCAAGUGACUGAAAUGACUCGUCCUGCGCUGUGCUCUCCCAGAGGAGCGGUGGUCACACCGCAUUUCGUAGUGCUGAAAUGCGGUGAUACGUCCAGCUGUAAUUGUGAUGACUCGUACUUCUGACACGCCGUUGGGGCUCAGUUAACAGUGCAGAAUAUAUUUUGUUAGGUGGCUACGUGUGUCUUAAAAAAAAUGAAAAUAAGAUUGUUGAAUGUUUGAGACUCUUGGAAGCUGCCUUAACAAAAGGCCAAUGCUACUGCAGGUGCAUGAAAUAAAAUCUCUCGACACCA